AGCAUUUUAGGUAUUAUUAUUCUUGGAAAAUGUCACAAUAUAACAUGAGCUGAUUAGAAAACUUGUUGUCGAUGCAUUCUGUUGAUGUAAGUAUCAAUUAAUCGAACAAUCGACCGUGCCCGUUCGAUCACACAGUGUGUUUAUUAAACAUUACAACCUGUCCGUCCCGGAUUUUGUGACCCGUCGCUGCGCGUAUGAGCCGCGGUGGGCGGGGCUAACAAAGACUCCGAGAAGCAUCAUUACAAACACACACCAGCUGCCCUCCGUGGCGGUUAUUUUUAUCUUUCAGGCCGACACUUGUUCACACGAAUAUGCUUUCAAAGUGUUGAAAUUCGUCCUGGGAGAGAGUUCAACCUGCUGAUAAAAUGUGAAAGUGAGGGCCAAGUGUUUUGUCUCCAAUGGGUUGAAGAAUGUGAGGUCGCUUUGGGAGGGAAAUAACGGUACACGACGUUAGCCGAAUGUUAGCUAACCAGCAACAGGUCGGACGGUUGGUCAACUUUAAGUUAGCGUGAAGCGACCAGGGCGCAGCUCGUCAUGGAGGAGGCGACUUUUUCGAAGUAUUCCUGGAUCGAUUUCGCCUUCUCUGUCAUCGGAGUGUGCACCUUCUUGGUAGACUGGGGCUCGGACGUGUGGGUGGCCACCGAGUUUUACUGCCGGGGGGACUUCCUCUGGUUCGGGGUGCUGGUCGGCCUCAUGGUGCUGUCGUCGGUCGUGGUCCAGAUGUUCAGCUGGUUCUGGCUGAAGUAUGACCGAGAGCUGCCGGGGUUCAGCGAGCAGACCGGAGGGGGAACAGUGCUGUUCGGGGACCGAGUGGAGCUCUCCGGCCUGUUGCAUGUGCUGCAGCUGGGGUUCCUCUGCAGGCACAUCUCUGCCAUACGUCAAGGCUUUAGGGUUUGGUGGCGAAAACAGGAAGGGUCAGAGUACGCUGUUUACCUGACACACGACCUCAGCAUGCUCCGGCUUAUCGAGACUUUCUGCGAGAGUGCUCCCCAGCUCACCCUCAUGAUCUACGUCAUGCUGCGCACCAACAAGGCCAGGACUGUUCAGUUUGUGAGCAUCGCUGCAUCAACCACCUCCAUAGCCUGGAUGGUGGUGGAUUACCACCGCUCCCUGCGCUCCUUCCUCCCUGACAAGGCCAAGCAGGGUUGGUGUUCCUCUUUAAUCUACUUCCUGUGGAACCUGCUGCUAAUCGCCCCACGUGUUGCAGUCCUGGCCCUCUUCGCCUCUGUCCUGCCCGGGUACAUCGGCGCCCACUUCCUGAUGCUGUGGUUCGUCUUUGUGUUGUGGGCCUGGCGACAGAGGACACACUUCAUGGACAGCGUCAGUGGGGAGUGGCUCUACCGGGCCACCGUAGGGCUCAUUUGGUACUUCAGCUGGUUCAAUGUAGCAGAGGGUAGCACCAGAGGCAGGAGCAUCAUCUACCACUCCUUCAUCACCACUGAUGGAGGAAUCCUGCUGGCAACUUGGUGGUGUUACAGAGACCAUGUCCAGUCUGAGUCCUACGCCCUUGCUCUCCUCAUCACACUACCCUUCACCUACCUCCUGGGACUGCUCUUCAAAACCGUCUACUACUGCUGCUUCCACCCCAAGCUGUGGAGGCCCCCUGCAAGGGACCCAGGACUUCCCACUGAUCUGCCUGAUGCAGAAGUGUCCUUUAGAGACUUUUCCAUCCAGGACGGCACGUCGUUGUCCCAGCUUCUCAACAAACGGAUGGCCUGCCAUGCCACUCAUUUUUACUCCAAGCAAAGACUUGAGAGCAACACUGUUAGCACAAACAGAGUGGAGCUGUCAAGAUUGUGAUGUCUGAUUUUGUGUGCGCUUGGCCAGAUGUGUACUACUGAUAGAUGUUACCUUCUGUGGUUCUGAUUGAAUGCAGCAAUCUCUCUUUAAGCCUUCUCCUAUUUAUACUGCAAAUUCACCACAUUCUCCUUAUACUGUGAACCAAAAUACAAGCUGUACUUAAAGGGUAACCACCAAAAGUGUGUUCACCGGUAUUGGGGAGUUCUACUGCAUAUAAACUGUAUGGAAAUACUUGACUUUGAAUUCCUCUCAUCUCACUGUAGAUGGUACACACAUUGUAAUAUUUCUUAAAGCUACUUGAAACUGUGGCCAUUUAUUAACCUUAUUUCUACACUUUGAAAAAAAAAAGUUUUUUGAUACAUUUUCUACAAAGCAAGUUUAUAUCUUGUUAUCUUUACAUAUGCGUGUGACAACUUUUUUCCCAAACAUAUGAUGUGUUGAAAAGGGUUUUGUUGAUACAUUUGUGAGAAAACCAUGUAUUUCCAAAAUACAAACUUAAAGCAAGUAAGAAAAUCACCUUGUUUCUUGAGAACAAGGUAUGUAAUAAAUAAUCUAAAACAAGUACUUUAUCUGUUAUGUUAGAUAAUGAUAAAACGUACAACGAUCAUAAUAUUUUGGACAUUAUCCCGUCAAAUUUGAAACGGUCAUGUAACCUUUACUAAACCUCGUGCAGAGGAAGGAGAGGCUUGUUAUGCGCACAUCAUGUAGGUUUCCAUGCAGCCUUGCACAAACGUGAUGUGUGAAUUCAAAGAACAUCAGAUUCCUAAUGGUUUUCUAUCACAACAAGGGCUAUUUAAAUUUGUAUGUUGUGUUUUUGGGCCGUGUUAUAGUUGUUGAGACUGUUACUGAUUGAAGGACUUUGAAUGUAGCUUUGACCAUAAUCACUUGUUUUGUAAUUCUCAUGCUCUGUCACUGUGGGAAACCCAGUGAGCGCACCUGAUGGGUGCUGGUUUUUUAUCAAAAUUAUAUUAAUGCUGUAAAACAAGUCAGGAAGUGCUGCUUUUCUACACGUCAGCUAAGAAUUGUUUGUAUAAUUAGGGCUGCAACUAAUGAUCAUUUUCAUUUAGUCUAUACAUUCCUCGAAUAAUCUAUGAGUUGUUUGGUUUAAAAAAGGUCCGAAAAAGGGGAAAACAUUUUCAAAUGUGUUGUUUUGUCCGAAACCCCAAGAAAAAACAGAAUAUAUUCACUUUUUUUUUCUUUAAAACAUUACUCAAAGUUAUUAACUAUCAGAAUAGUUGAUUAGUUCAAUAGUUGUCAACUUAUCGAUUAAUCGUUACAGAUCUACAUAUUCAACAACAGAUGUCAUCAUUGUAGCUUUAGGUGUCAAAUAGCUUCAAACACGAGUGUAACAUGCUCUGUCAGUGUUUGCUUGUUGAAAUGUCACGUGUCAAUCAUCAACUCUGUUUUUUCUCUCAGUGUGGUGAAUGAAACGGUGCUACACUUUGACAAUCAGCAUCAUUUCAGAGAGAGCAUGUUUUAAGCCACUUUCACUUGUCUGACCUCACUGUCCAAUCCUGCAAAUGUUUACACAGUGUUUGUGGAUCCACUUCUCUGCUGAAACCAAAAGUCAAGGUCACUGCUGGUUGUUAAUCUUUUACCUCAUUUGCCAUGUGCAAUUAUUAAAGUGGAACAGUAUUGUCUCUUUA